AUGGGUGCUCGAGCUGGUUUGGCGAUAGAUGGAAGUCCCAGACGCUACCGGCUCUCAAGAAUGGGUGAGACCGACGGUCACUGGCCGAACAACAAAGGCGAAGGGGUCAGUAAACAAUUUCAACCGAAGAAGUAUAAAGACGGAGGACAGGAAUGGCGCAAGGACAGAAAAGAUGGUCCCACGCAAUCCGCCUAUGGUUACACCCCUUUCAAGACCAAUUCUCUGAGUCGAGCAACCACCCCACUCGCUACAAUUUCUGAACAAAGCUCUCAGAGCGGCACCUUACGCAACUCUAACAAAUCGAAUCCCUUCGUCUAUCCCAACCAGGUUCCGGUGCGAAAUGGUUAUGCAAUGCAUGAUCCGCCUCAAUCGCAUUCAACGCCGAAAGCAACCCAUCACUCGCAGAUUCGAUCCGAAAGCGCUACGCCAAUGUCACGAGAGCAGAAGCUGACAUGGGGUCGAUUACCACCUUCAGCCGGUUUUCGAUCUGCUUCCGCCAUGGGACAACAGAUGCGUCCUGGAAGCCGACAAAGUGACGCUGGUAUAGGACAGUGUGUGGGCUCACGGUACCAAUCGUACUGCACACUUCCACGACCCGAAGAGGUCGAUCCGGAAACACUCAGUGAUAUGCACUCAAAUCUUCACGCAUUCUAUGGGCCCACUAUACCGAAGGUAGUGUCACGAGCCCCUUCAGCAGCAUCUCUUGUGCCUGGAAUGGGUCCCGGUAUGGCCUCCGACUUCAUUCGUCCUCCAACUGCUUACAAUGGAAACGCUGUAGGGAUGAACGCUCCACCGCCUGCUCCACCAAAACAACGAGAGAUCGUCAGCUGGAAUACAUUAAGUUUGAUUUGCAGCAUGCAGGUGCUUUGCUCACUAGCCAUAUUCGGUCUGGGAGUCGGUCGUAUGAUUCAAGGAGCGAAAUGGGCUAUCGGCAUCGAAUUGGCCUAUGCACUUGUGGUUAUCGUAGCUGGAUUGUCCGGUAUCUACUCGGUUCGGCAAAGAAGCUACGCUGCUGCUGCUUUUGCCUGUGCUCUCAGCGCUUUCAGUACGCUUUUAGCAGUCCCACCAUUCGUGUUAGGAUUGUUUCCGACUAUACCAUGGGCCUUCGCAGAAGCAACACCUUCAGUUUGGAUAAAUCAAAAUGAGCCUUUCGAACUGGAUUUGGGUCUAAGUCUCGUCAUACUCAUUCAGUUCAUUCUGUCAGUGGUUGUGUCGAUCAGCGGAUGCAGAUCAAUUGGAGUUUUAUGUGAACUUGUGGAAGAAGUGAAACUUCAACAUGACCUUCGUACAGCCUUUCAUGACAUUGACGUACCUCGCAAGGUUUGAGUGCAGGCUCUCUAGAGUUCUUUUUCCUUUGUCCUGAGCAUAUAAGGAUGUUUCAUUCUUUCGACAAUCAUUCCAGUUGCCAUCACUUUGUUAAUGGUGCAACAACAUAUGUCUUUGAAAUUAUGAAUUGAUGACCCUGUACCACUGAGAUUACGUACUAUGCUCCAUUAUUAUUUCCCAUGUGUUUUGUAAAAGAUACAGAAUUGCAUAC